AUACAUACUGUAAAUCCAUCAGCGAUGGAAAGGCUGUUUCAUGUGCUGCUUUUUUCAGGACUUUGUCCAUUCUCCCAGAGCAUCUCACCUGGAUAUAUUUUGAUCCCGAGCCAGACGUCCUGGGAUCAGGCACAAGCUUACUGCCAACAGAAUCAAUUUGACCUGGUCACUGUUCAAAGCAGUGAAGACUGGAAAAUAAUACAAGCAACAGUUGAACCUGCAUUGACUUCAAUGGCCUGGGUCGGACUGUACAAUGACCCUAAAAAGUGGUGGUGGUCUUACAAAAAUGAGACUUUGACAUUCUUUGGUUGGGGUCCUUCCCAGCCAAACAAUGUACAUGGAAGACAGGAAUGUAGUGAGAUGGAACCUGAAGGGUGGGACGAUCGGCCAUGCAGUGAACAAUAUCCUUUUUUUUGCUUCAAUGAGAAUGAUACAGGAGAAAACCGUUUUGUUUUUAUAAAUGAUACCUGGAUGUCCUGGCAUGAUUCUCAGACAUACUGCAGACAGCAUUACACAGACCUGGCAACCAUUCGGAGUGAACCUGAGCAUUUCAAGCUGAUGUAUAUGAUGAUGGGAUAUGAAAGAGCAUGGCUUGGUCUGUUCAGACCCUGGAGGUGGUCAGAUGGAACAAAUGUCAGCACUUCCUCUAUUACCUGGGGAAUCGGACAACCUGACAUGACUGGGACAGACACACUUUGUGGUGCUGCCGAUCCUGAUGGCCUGAUAGAUGAUCUGAUCUGCUCAAAUAGCCUUCCUUUCAUUUGUACACAAUGGUCAAAGGAGGCAAUUGUAAGAUUGGAGGUGAAAUCUGAUAAGAAUCUAACUGACCCAGCAGUGAUGGAAACCAUCUUAAAUUCGGAAUCCUUGGAGAGCUUUGACAAUGUCCUCUGGGUGUGCACCUUCUAAUUCUAUAGACUCCAGACCCAUGAUGUCAUUAAAGACAAACGGCAGAAUAGAUUCUCCACUUUUAAUGUAAUAGGUUUUGUACUAUAAAAGAAACAAUUGGUUACAUUUCAAAUACAUUAUGAUGGACACAUACACAGCAAAAUCACCAGUGUUAAAAUUAACACUGAUCGGUGUCUAUAAGGGUCAACUCUACACUCCAAGUAACAUUUUAUGAGAUGUUUUUAAAAUGUAAAAUAAGUAAUCAGUGUCCCCAGAGUGUGUAUGUGACAUUUUAAUUCAAAAUACCCCACAGAUAAUGUAUUAUAGCAUGUUAAAGUUGCCACUUUAUAGUGGCGAGCAAAAUGUGCCAUUUAUGGAUGUGUUACUUUAAAUGCAAAUGAGAUGAUGAAAUGCAAACAAUAUCAUCAUAAUGGUGUUUGUUGAAAUUGAAACUCAAUUCUGCUGUCAAUUACUCUCCCUCACUCUUCUUUUUCAUGCUUUCCAUAUUUAUUGAAGCACUGGGGACCCAAUUAUUGCAUAGAAAAGACAGAUUUUCAUGAUAAUGAUAUAAAACAUUAUUCCUGAAUGUUCUGUAACUAGUUCAGCUAAAACAAA